GCGCACUUGUCGUGCAUGAGCUGCAGCCUGUUGCACGAGCCCAGGGACGUACAAACAGCAGCAUUUCUGUUCAAAGCAAAGAGAUGUAAGCGACUUGGACAUAUUCACUAAACUUUAUAUUUUAAUUCCAACGAAAAGGAUUAUUACACAUUUUAAUCAAGGGCGAAGAUGCGGGUGUCGCGUUUGAAUUUGCCCUGAACGACUUUUUUGGAGCGUGGGAAGUUUACCGAGCACGGUGCACGAUGGGAUCGUUCCGGCGCCCGAGGCCGCGGUUCAUGAGUUCUCCUGUUCUGUCGGACUUGGCUCGGUUUCACGCCAGCUCUACGGCUCUGCAGCUCUCCAACACCAGCGUCUGGAACAGUGUGCAGUCUGCAGUGAUGAAGGUGUUUCAGGGAGGAGCUCUGCAGCCCAACGAACUCUACACACUCAACGAGAGCAUCAGGUGGCUGCUAAAGACAGAGAUGGGAUCCUUCAUCACAGACUUCUUUCAGAACCAGCUUCUCACUCGAGGCCUGGCUGAAGUGCUGGACCAAAUCCUCCUCACGUCUGGAGAGGAGCAGCUCGAGACUCUCUCCGCCGCCUGGGAACGUUUCUUCACCGAGACACUCCCUACUCUACAAGCCAUAUUCUACCCAGUACAGGGCCAGGAACUGAGUGUGAGACAGAUGGCGCUGUUGGCCUUCAGAGACUUAGUGUUACUCCAGCUCCACCUGGAGGACACUCUGGGAACUGCAACAUCCGUCCCUCCGACCAUAACUCAGAUGCUGCUUGUGCUACAGGGCAUCCAUGAGUCAGGGGGUCCCUCUCAGGAAUAUGUUCAGCUCGAGAGUUUGGUGGAGAUCGUGGUGUCUCCGUAUCUUAGGAACAUCACAGAGGAAACGCAUCAGGUCUUAGAGUCCCGUCACCUCCGCUCCUCCCCCUCGCUCCCUCACUCGUCCCACCCGGAGAUCACGGUCACGCAGCACCUCACCUCCUCUGACUCCACCUCUCUCGCCCCUCUGGUGGAACAGGAGGGGGAGGCGUAUCUGGAGAAGUCUGGGGGGAUCCGCAGACACACUGUGGCUACCAUCCUCUCUGCGCCUUUCCGAACUGAGCCGAACCGUACCGAAUCUAAUCCAAACCGGACCUACAGCUGCAAAGGCGCUUUAGGGACCUUACUCUUAAAGGGGAGGAUACUAGGCCCAAGGCCUUUCUCCAGUCAGCCCGAUGUGAUGCCCCAAACAGUGACUGCAGCAGAGGUGCUAUGAUCUCUGUCCAGGUUCAUGUUGGUGAAAUAAUUCAGCAUGAUCUAUUUAUACUUCACAGUGGCAUCACCCUGAGGAAGGGUUCUACAUGUAUCUUUAUGGUGGAAUGUUCAGCAGUUACCAUGGAGACACACAUUAGCAAAAACUGUCAAAAAAUGUUUAAGAUAGAUUGAAAACUCAAGAAAAAUUCAAAAUGGAUUUAAAACACAUUUUCCGGAGCCUGUGAUUAAUAUUGUUCAUGGUCCUGAUUACGUGUUUGAACAAAACUGGUUAGUGACCAACUGAAAUACUGUUGGUUAAUGCUAGCUAGCUUGUGACUGUAGUUGUAUGUGUGAGAGACUUGUUUAACAGUAUAAAUCAGCUCACCUGUUAUUGUUCUAGCUAAGUCAGUUCUUUGUGGUCAGAUUGUGGUAGUCUAACUUAAAUAACAGAACUUCAGACAGAGCAGUGCCUUUAGUUAGCUUCACGCCCCCAGGGAAUGUUGAUGACAUCUGCUGCAAGUAUCAGUAGUUUUAGAGGCUGGAUUUUCUGAAUAUGUAAUGCAGAAUAAGUUUAUUUACGGAACCUGGAGACAUGAAUGCUCAACACUUUGCUUUUGUAAGAUUAAUGAAUUUGUACAUGGUCAAGUAAAUAAUAAACAAAAUCUUUAAAGAUGCAUUAUGUAACUUUUCUAGCCUAUGUGUCUAUAUGAUGCCAUGGUUUUCACUUUGCAUGGAACAUUCUUCAGUAUUAGGGUCGUAGUAGUAGUCAAUUAAAGAAUUUCCUGGCCGACUAAAUAGACGCCGUGUAAACCAAUUAGUGGACUAAAAACGGGCGUGGCAAAAACAAUAAAAACUAUUAUGAUCUAAACUACAGGCCUACAACCCUACUCAGUGUGGCAUUAUAACUUAUCUAUUUCCAUGGAGUUGAGCAGGUGACAGCACCAUUGGUAAAGGGCCGAUGCAUCCUCUGAUGUGACCAGCACAAACACUGGAUUAUGACUCGCAGUGGAAUGUUGCUUUUAACAGUUUUUUAAAAUUGACUUUUAUAUGUUUGUAUGUUAUCUGUCGAUUAAGGGAAUUUUUUUUAGCAAUAAAAACUCCUAUAACUGAAUAAUGCCAUACUGUUUAAUAUUUUAGGCAAAGGAAAAAAAUCACUAUGGUGGUAAACAGGUUAUGUACCCAACAGAAAAGUUACACAGUGCACCUUUAAACAUUUUAUUAAAAAGUCUGUCUGGAGCAGCUCCUUAAUACUGUGCCAUUAUAAAAAAAAUAAAAUAUUAUGUGAUUGUUUUUACCAUAUAUAACAGUUAGGUCUGAGUUAACAAAGUGACUUUUCCAUAUGGCUCAUACUUGUACUAGAAGAAAAUGUGCCUAUAAAUUAAUAGUUUGCAGUUCACUCUGCAUUGUCAAAUGUCACAAACUUUUUGACAGUUGAUUUUUUAAAAUUCUGUUCUUGCACAUUAACUAUUUUAACAGAAGGGCAGAAGCCAGCGCCAAGUGAACCGAAACAAACAUGGUGAUGCUGACAAAUGUACUAAAGCCUAUUUUAGCAGAAAUACAGACUAUUUAGUUUUUAAAAAAUAUGCACAGGGAAGCGUUUGUGCAUGUGUGAAGGAAUAAGACACCUUUGCUUUUUUCUUAAAUGGGUUUAACUUAAGUUUGAUUUUUCAGUUUGUUCUGCUGUUGUGACGCUUCGACCGUCAGUGUGAAUUGGUUCACUGGUUUAUUGGUGAUUGAGAGCCGUCCCAGAUGGAUGUGUACAACUCUAUCCAGAGCUACAUCAGUCUGGAGAAAGCCAGGUUAAAUCAACUAUUCAACUGUCACAAAAGAAAUGAAAACUUGAAUGGAUCUCGAAUAUUGCAUAACAAGGCCAAAUAUUAGCCUUGUCAAGGCUAAUGCUAAUGUUAAACCUUCAAUUGUUGAUUUAAAAUAUCUGUGUGUUUGUUUAAAUGUGAAGCAUAUUUAUCUAAGCUAAAGUACCCUCAUGAAACAGGAUUUUCAACAAGAAUAAAAAGAUACUAAACAGCUAAAGAUGUGAUGAAAGGUUUAUGUUUGUAAUGGGACAAACCUGGACUAAAACAAUGUCAAAUAGUACUUAUCAUUUCAUUACAUUUCAUUACUCUUGACUAUGUUUGAUGUUUUUGGCUGAUUUUAAUGUUAUGAAAUAAUAAAUAAUAAAUAAAUGAACAUGAAUACAUCCAG